GGAAAUUUCUUUUGUUGUUAGUGAUGAAAGGAAACGACGCAUACCUGACGCAAUACUAAUUUGUUUCUAAACAUGACUACAUUUUGCAUCUGUGCGGAACAGAAGUUAUUGCAGUUAUGUGAAAAAGAUCCGUUUCUUCUGUACUGCAAUCAGUUUUCGAAGUAACCAGUGCUGUUUUGCUUUCGAAAACAGAAAUGAAAAACUGGUAAAUGUAAGUGGAUUCCGAUGACUUACCUCGAGACUCGACAUAUCUCUCCUCGCGAAGUCUGUUUUGAGGAGAGAUAACUCAAGUUCGAAGAUGAUUGGAAUGGCUUAGAGAGUGUCGCUUCAUCACGCAGUGGAAUGUAAAAUUGGAUGACUCGUAGGACGCUAAUGAUAUAUGCGUUGCUUGAAAGGCCUAGCGUUGCUUAGCAGCUCUUAUAUUGUUGUAAGCAUAGUCUUGAUGUAUAGGGCGAUGCGGACGCAAUUACAGCCAUUCUGUACUACUGCUGAAUGUAAUCGGUCAUGCCAUCAGGUACAUCGCCGAAAUCAGGAACCUUCGGCACCUUCCGUUUCGGUAUCAGUCGACUUUUUGAAAGCGAAGCGAAAUCUCUCACACUGGAAUUAUUUCUUUGUGGAAGAAAUUGGGACAAAGUCAGAACCGGUGUUGACUACUAAUGAUAAUUCUGGAAUCGUAUUCAGAACAUCAUUAUCGACUCCUAAACGAGCUAUAACUUUGGAAGAGAUAAUUGAAUUAGCAAGGCGCAAAGUAUCCCAUAAUUACGAGGAACCUUUAUCACAAAAGCAUUAUGUCACUGUAGAUGAUGAUAAACUACCGGUAGAGGAACCAGCCAUUCAAGUUUCAGAAAUAGUGAAGAAUAAUGAAUGGACUAAUGGCGACUGGGCUUAUUUGGAACAGCUGAUGGAAUUAGAUGCCGAUCGCAUAUCGCCCAGCAGUGAACCACCCAUUACUAUUGACAAUGAUGAUGAUACAGCAGUUGCUGCAGAUCGUCAAUGUACCUUUUUCAUGGGUUUGAAAUAAGGAAGUGCCUUUGGAAAUAAUGGCAAUUGCCAUCAUGACUUAGCAAGUAAUAAAUGAUACGCCAACUGUUCCUAUGCAUGUCAUACUUAUAUUGAAUGAAUGCAAACCAUGAG